UGAAAACAAACGGGAGGAGCUCGUAUACAAAACCUCUAAAAUAUAUGCACUGAAAGUGAAAGUAAAUAGGAGGUUAUGUUUAUAUAUGGCGUGAUUGUUUAGUGAAGUUCUUGCUAGUGUAACAGUGUGUAAUGUGAACUGUGAACGAAUUGUUUCUGUUUGUUGUUCUCCUAUGUUACAUUGAAUAGAUUAUUUUUAGUAUAUAUUUAGAACAAGUAUUUUCAACAGUCUCACAAUGACUCUUAACCUAGAAAAUUUAAACCCCAAACUCUACAGAAAAUGCGAAGAAAGAGAAGUAUCUAAAUAUGAAGAGGAUGAUGAUAUUGUUGAUGAAUUUGACUCCAGAGAAGUGUUUGAUCUUAUUCGUAACCUCAACGAUCCAGAACAUCCUCUCACACUUGAAGAGUUGAAUGUUAUCGAGCAGAAAUACAUAGAGGUCGACAACAAGAAAAAUGAAGUCCAAGUAAUGUUCACUCCCACGAUUCCCCAUUGCAGUAUGGCUACGUUAAUUGGACUGUCCCUUCAAGUUAGGCUAUUACGCACUUUGCCACCGAGAUUUAAAAUAGAGGUAAAGGUAUCACCAGGCACCCACGAGUCCGAACACGCCAUCAACAAACAGUUGGCUGACAAAGAGAGAGUAGCGGCAGCACUGGAAAACACAAGUCUCAUACAAGUUAUAAACCAGUGCAUAGAUGUUGAAGAGUAAACCAGUCUGUAAAUCUGUAAAUAAAUAAUUAGCUAUCA